GACAGUUAAAGCGUAGAAUCACCACUUGGCUACCCACAUUCCUUUUGUUGCAGUCAUUCAGAUUCAAACUCACAUUUGAGUAACUAUGGCCACUGCAGGUGACAUUGGUACUUUUUCAGUAUGGGACUAUGUAGUUUUUGGCCUCAUGCUCCUCAUCUCUGCUAUUAUUGGGAUUUACUAUGCAUUUGCUGGUGGUGGACAGAAAACCUCAAAAGAUUUCCUAAUGGGUGGCAGGAGUAUGACUGGAGUCCCAGUGGCUCUUUCUCUUACUGCCAGCUUCAUGUCUGCAGUUACAGUGUUGGGUACCCCAUCAGAGGUGUACAGAUUUGGUGCCAUGUUCAGCAUAUUCGCUAUAACUUACACCCUUGUUGUGGUGAUCACAUCUGAAGUAUAUCUGCCAGUGUUCUACAGACUGGGCAUCACCAGCACCUAUGAGUACCUUGAGCUCAGAUUUAACAAGUAUGUACGACUGAUUGGCACAGUGUUGUUCAUUAUCCAAACGGUUCUUUACACUGGAAUUGUAAUUUAAGCUCCAGCUCUGGCGCUGAAUCAAGUGACUGGGUUUGAUUUGUGGGGAGCUGUCGUGGCCACAGGAGUGGUCUGUACCUUCUACUGUACUCUGGGUGGUCUUAAGGCAGUUGUAUGGACAGAUGUAUUCCAGGUUGGGAUUAUGGUUGCAGGAUUUUCAUCUGUAAUUAUUCGAGCUGUGGUUGUCCAAGGUGGGAUUGGCCCCAUUUUGAAUGACUCAUAUUAUGGAGACAGGCUAAAUUUCUGGGAUUUCAACCCCAAUCCACUGCAGCGGCAUUCCUUUUGGACAAUUGUAAUUGGAGGAAUUACAUGGCCUGGUAUCUAUGGAGUUAAUCAGUCACAAGUACAGAGAUAUAUUGCUUGCAAAACCAGAUUCCACGCAAAAAUGUCCCUGUAUGUGAAUCUAUUAGGACUCUGGGCUAUUCUUUCCUGUGCGGUACUUUGUGGACUAGCUAUGUAUUCUAUAUAUAAGGACUGUGACCCUUGGACUGCCAAAUUUGUAUCAGCCCCUGACCAGCUGAUGCCUUAUCUAGUUCUUGACAUUUUGCGUGAUUAUCCUGGACUUCCUGGAUUGUUUGUGGCUUGUGCCUACAGUGGAACCUUAAGCACUGUGUCAUCCAGUAUUAAUGCUUUGGCAGCUGUUACAGUAGAAGACCUUGUUAAACCUUAUUUCCCAUCUCUCAGCGAGACCAAACUGUCAUGGAUUUCCAAAGGAACAAGUUUACUUUAUGGUGCUGUGUGUAUUGCCAUGGCUGCCUUGGCAUCAGUAAUGGGAGCCUUAUUACAGGCAGCACUCUCAAUUUUUGGAAUGGUUGGUGGUCCAUUGCUGGGGCUUUUCUCUUUAGGAAUCCUCUUUCCCUUUGCUAAUUCAUUAGGUGCCAUGGUUGGUCUUCUGGUGGGAUUUACAUUUGCAUUGUGGGUUGGGAUUGGAGCUCAGAUUUAUCCCCCUCUUCCUAUAAGAAGUUUACCUAAAUACCUGUCUGUAGAGGGCUGUAAUUUUAGUACCACAGAUACCAACUGGAACCUAACAAUGGCACCUCCUACAGUAACAGACUUAAUGAUAGAAGCACAAGUCAGUGAGAGACCUGCACUGGCUGAUGACUGGUACUCAUUCUAUCUAUACUUCAGUACCAUCGGUACAAUCAUUGCUAUUAUUGUUGGAAUAAUAGUAAGCCUGUUGUCUGGAGGUUUAAAACAAAAUGUAAACCGAGAUUUCCUCUUAACAUCUCAAGACUUUGCAUAUCUUAAAGUACUGCUUCCUUCCAGCUGGUGCAAAGAGAAUGAGAAAGUAGAAGUACUGAACUGGAAGAUUCAGGACAGUGAUCCGCAUCCAGAUAAAGGGACAGAUAAUCCUGCAUUUAGUGACAUGGAAAUGUACAGCACAGAAAAGAAUGAAAAACUUAAUGGAAUUAACCCAUGAGAUUUUACAGAGGUCUGAUAUAAGAUGAUUGGUAUGAAGAAAGGACAAGCGUGCUGUCAAUGUGGUGCUGUGGAAGCCCGUCCAUUGGAAACCAACCAUCAUUGGGGCCAAACUUCCUUGUCCAAAUGAUGUCUAUAUAUUCAUUUUAUAAAGAAGAUUUUUUCAAUGUUAUUAUAUAUCAUAGAGAGAAUGUAAAUAUAAAGGAGUGAUGCUGUGACCAUAUACAGUAGGGAUAAUUAGGUACCUUUUUGUAAAGGUCCACAUUCCUGGGUCUGCCCUUGGUGAGGGACAACAGUGGCUUGUAUCACACUGCAGCAAUUUUCUUUUUUUUUUAAUAAGCCAUGCCUCUAAUCCCACCAAAUCCCCUUUGAGCCCCCAACAGUAAUAGUGCCCUCUUAGUGCCUUUCCACACAGUAAGGCUGCUCCCUUGUGCCCCAGCACCAAACAAU